UCAACAAGCACGCGCCCAGCCAACACGCCAGCCCUGGCGAUCGCCGACCUACAUACACAUUGGCCAUAAAUACACCCCCCACAUUGCCACAUGGCAACAUCCAUCACUCUACCACCCCUUGUUGUCGCGUAAAGCAACAAGCUACUUGAACAUCCAAGACCCUCCAUCCAAGUCUCGCUUGGCAAGCGACACCCAAUCCACCACCAUGGAGGUCGACGACGAUGUCCUCGGAUCCGCCUUUGGCCUGGGCAACGUCCUCGCCCAGGUAGGCGUCGGCGUCGACAGCGAGGCUCUGUCGGCAUUCCUGGAACGAGCCGGAGAAAGGGGCGGCGGAUCGUCGUCACGCGAGCUGGCCGCUGCCAUCGAGCAGGACGAUGAGGACAAGUUUAUGGACGACGUCUCCGAAGCAUCCUUACCGGACGAGAACCCCGAAGACGAAGAGGCUCGGCGACGAGAGCAGGCUGCCAUCAAGGCCGAGGAGGAACGGUGGGCGCGACGCGCCGCCGCCGAGAUUGCCGGCCUCAAGAAUGAGGGCGACGCCGAGCGCGAGGCGAGAAAAAAGCGCCAGAGGGAGGAGAGAGAAAGAAAUCUCGUCCUCAGCGUCUGGCCUGACUUCAAGCAGGGCGUCCCGCUCAAGAUGAGCGAGGUGUUCUACGAUACGCCAGCCGCGCGCUCGGCUUUCUCAGCAGCCGCCCUCAAGAAGAAGCGGCGGUUGCUGACUGGCCUGCCUCAUGAAGAGUUCGCCAUCGCUGUUGCCAAGGACAAGACGGCGCCUCCAGAAACAACCUUCCUCUUACCAAGCCUUCCACCACUGCCCUCGAGCGAUCCCAGGCAGCCAAACUACCUCACCCCCAUCGGCUCCUAUUUUGACCCCCAGUGGGUCAAGGACGGUCGCGAGUUGCGACGAGAGGAGAUGACGCGGCCACCGAAGCCCGCCGUCCGGUUCGAGGAGCCAGCGGUCAACGGCAGCAGGCGGGGAUCAGAGGAGGAGGUCGGGCGGAUGCUGGAUCUCGCCGACUGGGAAAACGACAUCAUCCUGUUCUCUGGUGACUACACCCCGGCAAACACGCACGACCCGCUACAGCUGCGCAACGACGCACUGGAAAGCGGCGACUGGCAGAAUGAAGUCAUCUGGGAUGCGCGGCGUGCGACGGCGGAUUUGGUCGAGGACCACGAAGACGAAGAGGCCUCGGCCGAGGUCGCAGAGGACGACAGCACGCUGGAUGACAAGCCUGCGCCUCUCCCCAAGCUCGACCCGUUCAACAUCUCCAACGACCACUUCUACGAGCACACUCGUGCGUCAAGAUUCCGAAUCCGUCAGACAUUCGGUGCCAUCGAGGUGUUCCACUCCACGCCUGCCAAGGUCCUUCAGAUGCCAUUCUACAAGACUACGCUCGGCAAGAACGAGGCGCGUUCCUGGCACCGACCAGUGCUGUCGUUCCCGUCAAACGUCUGGUUGUCAUUCUCGAAGCUCAAGUCGAACCCGUCGUCUUCUUCUCGGAAGAACAAGACGAUGACGGACCCGUCCGAGCGUUUCAAGACGACAAAGGACCUGAGUCUGACGGAAAAGGGCCCAUUCGUACUUCUCGAGUUCUCGGAAGAGUACCCUCCCAUCAUGAGUGGUUACGGCAUGGGUACUACCAUCGUCAACUACUACCGCAAGAAGGACGACAAGGACGAGCAUGUGCCCAAGCUUGACCUUGGACAGCCUUCAAUCUUGAACGUUGGAGAUGCCGAACCAUUCUUGCUGGGCUAUGUGGAUGCGGGCAAGGUCACCCAAGUGAUUCACAACAACCUCCUCCGCGCACCAAUCUUCCAACACAAGCCCGAAACAACCGACUUUUUGAUCAUCCGGCAGACAAUCAACGGUCAUGUGCAGUAUCAUGUCCGUGAGAUCAAGGAUAUCUUCACUGUCGGCCAGACGGUGCCGAACGAGUCCGAAGUGCCGGGUCCACACGCACGCAAGAACACCAACACUGCAAAGCUUCGUUUGAUGAUCGUCGCUUGGAUCCUUAUCAAGAAGAACAAGGAGCUAGCCAAGCAGCGUGUCAAGCUGGCCAGACUGAUCAAGUACUUCCCUGAUCAGACAGAGCUGCAGAUGCGCCAGCGUCUCAAAAUCAAAGGAAAUGAAUUCCUCGAGUACGACAAGGACGCCGGCUUCCACUCGGGUUACUGGAAGCUCAACCAGACCUACGACUUCCCGACCGAACGCAAGGACGUCGAGGCGCUGGUGACCCCCGAAAUGGCUUCGCUCUAUGAGGCCAUGCAGGUCGGCGCGCAGCACUUGCGUGACGCAGGCUACACGAAGACUGCUGAAGGCAAGGACGAGGACGAGUUUGGCGAGGACGGCACCGGCCUCGACAUCGAGCAGCAGCUCGCCGUGUGGGCAACCACCUUAAACUACAAGCGUGCUGAGGCACAGAAGGCAUGGCUUUUAGUGCACGGCGACGGAGAGCCCACUGGCCGUGGCGAAGGCUUUAGCUUCCUCAAGACCAACAUGAAGAACUACUUCUUGCGAAAGGGCGAGACGGAAGAAGGCCGUCGACUAGAAGCCGAAGCCAAGGCUGGCGGUGGCCCCGUCAAGAUUUCCAACGCCGAGCAGAACAGAAUCUACGAAGAGGAGAAGCGCAAGGUCUGGGAUCUACAGUGGAAGGCGCUCAGCAACCCGACCCCGCCAGACCUCACAGCCGCGGAUGACGCUGGUGUUGCUGUCACUCAGACGGCCGCCAUGGGCCCGCGCUUCGGCAAGCCUGAGCCCCGUCACUUUUCACGUGCCGGAUCGCUGGCGUUCGACAGCCCUAUGGAGGAAGCUCGCUCACCGUCAGCCUUCUCAUUCGACGGCGAAUCCCAAGUGACGGGCAAUGACCGAGGGCAGCAAAAGGUGCUCCGCAUCAACCGCGUCGUCAAGGGAAAGCAAACUGUUGAGAUUGUGCGCGACCCGGCCGUCAUCCAGUCUUACCUGCGCCGCGUGGAGGAGCGGAAGCUGGCCCAAUUCACCGAGGAGCUGGAGAACCUCAAACCGACAGGCAACAUGGACGAAGACGAGCUCAAGAUUCAGGCCCUGCGUGCCGAAGUCAUUCGACUCAAGAAGAACCAGCAGAGGCGACAACAGCGAAAGAAGUACAACGGCAAGGGCGAACUCCCCGACGUCGGCGAGGGAGAGGGCAAGCGCAAGUGCGGUGCUUGUGGAGCUUACGGUCACACCAAGGCGAACCGCAACUGCCCCAAGUUUGCGCAAAGCAACAUGGCGCCAAGCCCGAGCACGACGCCAGCAGCCGGCCCAACACCAUACGGCUACGGCUCGAUGUCGCUCGACGGGCCGCUUGCCAGCCCGGCAGGCGAAGCGCCACCUGCCGCGCCGAUGAAGAUCAAGCUCGCCCUGGGAGGCAACCGGUAGUGGCGCCACUUCUUGUCACCCACACGCGCCACACAUCAGUCACAUUGUAUCAUUGUAUCAACAACCCCAUAGCAAACACACUUUCCAUACCCAGCAUAACGAGAGUACCCCACCUUCUCAGCCCUGAUCUCACUCAGCGUCCCUGCCGUAACUGUGACGCUCCCAUCCGAUGCAG